AUGUCGGGUCAAACGCUCACGGAUCGGAUCGCCGCUGCUCAGUACAGCGUGACUGGCUCUGCUGUAGCCAGAGCCGUCUGCAAAGCAACCACUCAUGAGGUGAUGGGCCCCAAGAAGAAGCACCUGGACUAUUUGAUCCAGGCUACCAAUGAGACCAAUGUCAAUAUUCCUCAGAUGGCCGACACCCUCUUUGAGCGGGCAACAAACAGUAGCUGGGUGGUGGUAUUUAAAGCUUUAGUGACCACCCACCAUCUCAUGGUGCAUGGAAAUGAGAGAUUUAUUCAGUAUUUGGCCUCUAGAAAUACACUAUUCAACCUCAGCAACUUUCUGGAUAAAAGUGGAUCCCACGGUUAUGAUAUGUCUACGUUCAUAAGGCGUUACAGUAGAUACCUGAAUGAAAAGGCGUUCUCCUACAGACAGAUGGCAUUUGACUUUGCCAGAGUGAAAAAAGGGGCUGACGGUGUAAUGAGGACAAUGGUUCCUGAGAAGCUCCUGAAGAGCAUGCCAAUCCUGCAGGGGCAGAUUGAUGCACUGCUGGAGUUUGAUGUGCAUCCAAAUGAACUAACAAAUGGUGUCAUAAAUGCUGCAUUUAUGCUUCUUUUCAAAGAUCUUAUCAAACUUUUCGCUUGCUACAAUGAUGGAGUCAUUAACUUACUUGAAAAGUUUUUUGAGAUGAAGAAAGGACAGUGUAAGGACGCGCUAGAAAUUUACAAACGAUUUCUAACUAGAAUGACUCGAGUUUCCGAAUUUCUCAAAGUUGCGGAGCAAGUUGGUAUAGAUAAAGGUGACAUUCCUGAUCUCACACAGGCUCCCAGCAGUCUUAUGGAGACCCUUGAACAGCAUCUAAAUACCUUAGAAGGAAAGAAACCUGGAAACAAUGAAGGAUCUGGUGCUCCCUCUCCAUUAAGUAAGUCUUCUCCAGUCACAACUGUUACAUCUCCUAAUUCUACACCAGCUAAAACUAUCGACACAUCCCCACCGGUUGACUUAUUUGCAACAGCAUCUGCAGCUGUCCCAGUCAGUGCUGCUAAGCCAUCGAGCGAUCUCCUUGAUCUUCAGCCAGACUUCUCUGGAGCAACUGGGGGCGCAGCCGCGCCUGUACCACCGUCAUCGGCUGGGGGAGCCACUGCAUGGGGAGACCUUCUGGGAGAGGAUUCCUUGGCAGCACUGUCCUCUGUUCCCUCUGAAGCACCGAUCUCAGACCCAUUUGCACCAGAGCCUCCCCCUCCUACUGCAACCACUGAAACUGCUUCAGCUUCUGCCUCGACCACCACAACUGUGACGGCUAUCACUGCGGAAGUGGAUCUCUUUGGAGAUGCCUUUGCAGCUUCUCCUGGGGAGGCCCCUGCAGCAUCCGAAGGUGCCGCCGCACCAGCUACCCCCACCCCAGUUGCUGCAGCUCUUGAUGCAUGCUCAGGAAAUGACCCUUUUGCCCCAUCUGAAGGUAGUGCAGAGGCUGCGCCCGAGCUGGACCUCUUUGCAAUGAAGCCGCCUGAGACCAGCGCUCCUGUAGUUACCCCUACAGCUAGCACAGCCCCUCCAGUUCCCGCAACUGCUCCUUCUCCUGCUCCCACCGCUGUGGCAACCACUGCUGCCACCAUCACUGCCACCGCAGCUACCACCACUGCCACCACCUCCGCUGCCACCGCUGCCACCACCGCCGCCGCUCCUCCUGCUCUAGAUAUCUUUGGUGAUUUGUUUGAUUCUGCUCCUGAAGUUGCUGCAGCACCUAAGCCAGAUGUGGCUCCUAGCAUAGACCUGUUUGGUACAGAUGCUUUCUCCUCUCCACCAAGAGGGGCCUCUCCGGUGCCUGAGAGUUCUCUCACUGCAGACCUCUUAUCCGUGGACACAUUUGCAGCACCGUCUCCUGCAACCACUGCCUCUCCAGCAAAGGUGGAGUCCUCGGGUGUGCUAGACCUCUUUGGGGAUGCAUUUGGAAGUAGUGCUUCUGAAACCCAACCAGCACCACAGGCUGUUUCUAGUUCAUCAGCAUCGGCAGAUCUACUAGCUGGAUUUGGGGGUUCUUUCAUGGCCCCUUCUACUACACCGGUGACGCCAGCUCAGAAUAACCUGCUGCAACCCAAUUUCGAGGCAGCUUUUGGGACAACACCUUCAACUUCAAGCAGUAGCUCCUUUGAUCCAUCAGUGUUUGAUGGUUUAGGUGAUCUUCUGAUGCCGACCAUGGCACCAUCUGGGCAGCCUGCACCUGUCUCAGUGGUCCCACCCAGUCCUGCAAUGGCAGCCAGCAAAGGCCUUGGAAGUGACCUUGACUCGUCUCUGGCCAGCUUAGUAGGCAAUCUUGGAAUUUCUGGUACCACAACAAAAAAGGGAGAUCUCCAGUGGAAUGCUGGGGAGAAAAAGUUGACUGGUGGAGCCAACUGGCAACCGAAAGUCACUCCAGCCACAUGGUCAGCAGGUGUUCCACCGCAGGGCACUGUUCCUCCAGCCAGCUCAGUUCCUCCGGGUGCCGGGGCCCCAUCUGUUGGGCAACCUGGAGCAGGAUUUGGAAUGCCUCCUGCGGGGACAGGCAUGACCAUGAUGUCUCAGCAGCCAGUCAUGUUUGCACAACCCAUGAUGAGACCACCCUUUGGAGCCGCAGCUGUGCCGGGCACACAGCUUUCUCCAAGCCCUACACCUGCCACUCAGAGUCCCAAGAAACCUCCAGCCAAGGACCCAUUAGCGGAUCUUAACAUCAAGGAUUUCUUGUAA